GCGAUCCCAGACCCUCUGUACAAAUGAAACGUAAGAGGGUCUGGUUAGGACCAGGCUAGUAUUUAACAGCUGUCCAAAACAAAUCUUGCUCUCUUUCUUCAACUGUAGCUUUGCUGACAACAUGACAACUGCUGGAAAAGUUAUCAAGUGCAGGGCAGCAGUGGCCUGGGAGCCAAACGCACCCCUGGUGAUAGAGGAAAUUGAGGUUGCUUCUCCUCAAGCUCACGAGAUUCGCAUUAAGAUAGUGGCUACAAGUGUUUGCCACACUGACUUGUACCACCUCUUUGAGGGCAAACACAAAGAUGGCUUCCCGGUAGUCCUGGGUCAUGAGGGAGCUGGGAUCGUCGAGAGUGUAGGGCCUGGAGUGACCAAGUUCCAGCCAGGAGAUAAGGUUAUCCCUCUUUUCAUCUCCCAAUGUGGCCAGUGCAGGUUCUGCAAGAACCCCAAGACCAACCUAUGUGAGAAAGGCUGGGCCAGCGAUAGGUAUGAUGUCAUGUCUGAGUCCGAUACCAGAUUUACCUGUAAAGGAAAGAAAGUGCUCCAGUUCAUGGGAACCAGCACUUUUUCAGAGUACACAGUGGUCAACGAGAUUGCAGUAGCCAAGAUCCACCCCUCAGCCCCCCUUGAAAAGGUCUGUCUCCUAGGCUGCGGGGUCUGCACUGGAUAUGGAGCAGCUGUCAAUACUGCCAAAGUGGAGCCAGGGUCCACAUGCGCUGUAUUUGGCCUGGGAGCAGUGGGUCUGGCUGCUGUCAUGGGCUGCAAAGCCGCAGGGGCUAAGAGGAUCAUUGCUGUUGACAUCAAUCCAGGCAAGUUUGAGAAGGCCAAGGUUUUUGGUGCUACAGAGUUCCUCAACCCCAAGGACCACAGCAAACCUGUCAGCCAAGUGUUGUCUGAGAUGACCAAUGGGGGAGUGGAUUUCUCCCUGGAGUGUGUUGGGAAUGUGGCUGUAAUGAGAAGUGCCUUGGAGUCAUGUAUGAAAGGUUGGGGAGUGAGUGUCCUUGUUGGUUGGACAGACAUGGAUGACUUUUCUGCCAGACCCAUUCAGCUCAUUGCUGGGCGUACAUGGAAAGGAUCUCUCUUUGGAGGCUUUAAGAGUAAGGAUGGGGUGCCUCAGAUGGUGAACGCCUACCUGGAGAAGCAACUGAAGCUGGAUGAGUUCAUCACCCACAACAUGACUCUGGCGGAAGUCAACAAUGCUAUUGAGAUGAUGAAGACUGGUGAAUGCAUUCGGACUGUUCUGAGUGUGUCAUCACAUUAAGGUGAUGGUCAUCAAACAUACAGUAUGUAGUCACAUAUCCUAUAUUCUUGCACAGCAAAUCAAACAUAAUAUAAAUAUCCGUAUGUAUCGUAAGCAUUAACAAAUGUUGUUUGGUUCCCCAAUAAUUAUCCAUAAUUAUUAUCUUUUAUGACUUUUACCAUAUAACAAAACACAGUGAGAAUGAUGCUUGAUGCACUGCUAGUUACUAUAACAGUAAUUCUAACAUUAUGUUAAUGCCUUAAGUGUGUUGGAUACAUUCGUGAAUUUUUACAUCCUAGCUUCUAAUCAGGGGGCAGGUUUGUCUUGGCAGGUGAGGAGGAAGGAAAAAACAAGGUCCUUCUGCCUCCCCAAUCACCUUGAAUGAAUAAAAAUUGAGGGAGAAACUACAAAAUCUCAUCCCUGUUGAAGUCUAUACCAACACUGCAAAUCCAUCCUUUUGCUUUGAACCUGAAAAUAUGGGCCAAGGGCUGUCGCAUGUAUUUUGAAUUAAAUGCUCGACACAUUCAUGCAGAAUGAAUCAAACUCACAAAUGAAUACUGACAGAACCAGCUUGGAUCAAACACACACGCACAUCAAAGUGGAUCACUGUGGUAGAAUUUCUGCAGAAACUGCGUGAUAGAAUAGUCAGGAUGCCAUAGUAAUACAAAUUAUUUAUUAAUACUGAAAACACUUAAAAAAGAUCUUUAGAUCAGAGCUGCAGAAGGACGCCCUAACGUUGUUCGACAGAGUGACGCCAAUCAUAAAACACACAGUGUCUUUUGUAGUCUAAUAGCAUCUGGUCUUUCGAAACAACAAUCAAUAAAGACAUCAUUUACAAACAACUCCACAAAGGAUCCCUUCCUGGAGGCUAAAAAUGCAGCUGUCUUCCUGUUUCUACCCAUCCUCAGCUCACGAAAUGGCCUCCUCACAGUUGUAACAACAGGUUCCUAGAUUAGUGAGCUCACUCAUCCUCCCUCCAAAUGGUCUUUUACAACUAAGACCAUGCCAUAAAACCUUCAGGAGCAUCAAUUCCUAAUGGUCAUUUACCCCAAAAGUAGUUGAACAGACAGCCAACUGUUCUAACUUGAACAAUCCCCCAACAGUCUCUAACACUUUAAAACUCUUGAACUCAACUAAAUUAUCCCUCCAUCCUGCAGGCAACACAAGUUCUCACAGCAUAUGUCUCUUACCAAUGAAACCACAUUAAUUCUACACAACCUUCCAUUACAAUCUCAGUGUGAUUUCCCAUGCCAUUGCACAAUGCAGACAGAAACACUCAUGGUCUAAGUAUGGAAGUGAGCUCCCUCACACAAACGCACACACAUAGAAUACCCAAGGGAAUGGGAUUGAAGGAGACCAAUAAAGCACAUUUAAUUGUGGCCUAGAAUGAGGGUAAAGGCAUACAUUGUAAUAAUACAGCACACCAGUUAAUAUACUGUAAGAACAUGAACAGAGAAUGGGAUGUGUAAGCAUAGCCAUGUUCAACAAUGUAUAAACCAUGUUUAUCUCACAUUAAAACAAGCA